AUGCGUUUCAUUUCUGCCUCAUCUCUUCUUCUGGCCCUGGCACCUACUCUCAAUGCCGUUCCUGUGGAGGUUGCCGGUAGCGCCCCAGGACUUGACGUGACUCUGAGCCAGGUGGGCAACACUCGGAUCAAGGCCGUGGUCAAGAACACUGGCAGCGAGGAUGUCACCUUUGUGCACCUCAACUUCUUCAAGGAUGCCGCUCCGGUGCAGAAGGUGUCGCUGUUCCGCAAUGCAACCGAGAUUCAGUUCCAGGGUAUCAAGCAACGUCUUGUCAGUGAAGGCUUGUCUGAUGAUGCCUUGACAACCCUUGCCCCUGGUGCCACUAUCGAGGACGAGUUCGAUAUUGCAAGCACCAGCGAUCUGUCCGAGGGUGGUACUAUCACCAUCAACAGCAACGGUCUGGUGCCUAUUACCAGUGAGAACAAGGUCACGGGGUACAUUCCAUUCAACUCGAACGAGCUUUCCAUCGAUGUCGAUGCAGCUGAGGCCGCGACUGUUACCCAGGCGGUCAAGAUCUUGGAGCGUCGUACCAGGAUCGCCUCCUGUUCUGGCAGCAGAUUGUCGGCUCUACAGACUGCGCUGAGAAAUACAGUCUCCCUGGCACGGGCAGCUGCCACUGCUGCGCAGUCAGGAUCCUCCUCCCGUUUCCAGGAGUACUUCAAGACGACCUCCAGCUCCACCCGCAGCACGGUUGCUGCUCGCCUGAACGCCGUCGCUAACGAAGCGGCGUCGACCUCCUCCGGAAGUACCACGUACUACUGUAGCGACACGUAUGGAUACUGCAGCUCCAACGUGCUUGCAUAUACCCUUCCGGCCUAUAACAUCAUCGCCAACUGUGACAUCUACUAUUCCUACCUCCCGGCACUGACUAGCACUUGCCACGCUCAGGACCAGGCCACUACCACCCUCCAUGAGUUUACUCAUGCCCCGGGCGUGUACAGCCCUGGAACGGAUGACCUUGGCUAUGGAUACAACGCUGCCACCGCCUUGAGUGCCAGCCAGGCUCUGUUGAAUGCAGACACCUAUGCCCUAUUCGCCAACGCUGUCAACCUCAACUGUUAG